AUGGCGGAAUCUACCUCAAAUGGCAGAAAGCAAGGGGGAGGGAAGGGUGCCCAGAUGAUGGCCGUGAUGUGGGCGCUUACGGGAGUCACCACGUUCAUUGUCGUCGCUCGGCUCUUCAUACGACAGAAGGUGCUGCGGGUUCUUGGCUUGGAUGACUGGCUGAUUGCAGCUUCGAUGGUUUUAGGGUUGAUAUUUGUGGGAACCGCCACGGCCUCUGUAGCGUAUGGUUAUGGAGAGCAUACAGCGAAUUUGGACAUCGCAGAAGCCGAAAAAGGACUCUUCUACAACAGCGUAUCCUUUAUCUUCGGCAUUCUGUCCUUUGCACUACCCAAACUUGGCGUGGCGGCUUUACUGAAUCGUCUCCUCAAUCCGAGCCUAAUCCAUCGCAUUAUUACCUGGGGCAUGGCGAGCUUCAUUUGCGCAGUCGCCAUCGUCAACAUUAUCAUCUACAUUACCAUGUGUGACCCUCCACAAGCACUGUGGAAGAUCAGUUUGGUCAUGAACGGGAAGGCGACAUGUCGCGAUAUCUGGGUCCUGAUUCACUAUGCUACUUUCAACGGAGCUGUAUCCGCAUUCGUCGAUCUCUAUCUCGCCAUCUACCCGAGCACGGUGUUGUUUAAACUGCAAAUGUCUUUUCGCAAGAAGCUCGCACUAAGCGCAGCGAUGGGUUUGGGCGCCGUUGCAGCGGCCACUGCCAUCGUCAAAUGUGCUCAAAUCAAAGGUCUCGCAGAUAAAGAGGAUCCCACAUAUGGAACCGUCCCCCUCGUCAUCUGGACCAACGUCGAAGCCAACGUCGUCGUCAUCGCCUCCUGCAUUCCCACCCUACAACCCCUCCUCGAGCUCAUCCUCGGCAAACGCAAACUCACCUCCAACGGCAAAAGCAACUCGCGCCACAAAUACUACCAACAAAGCAGCCAACAAGGCAACGAGCCUAGCAGCCAAAGCAACCACCACAACAGCCGACGCUCGCGUCGCGCGCUGCAUAAGCAGGAUAUCACGCUCACGACGAACGUCGAGAGUCGGGAGAGUAUUUUGCGGGAGGAAAGGGGGGAUUUUGAUUCUACUGUUACUGGUGGAGGUGGGGGUGGACCUGGGCCGUUGCAUAUUCGUCGUACGGACGACGUGCUUAUCGAGUAUGAGAUGCAGACGCAGACGCCGUUUGAGCCGACGCAGAAGAGGAGCUUUGGAUAA